GGUCUGAUGGUCUCUGGCGGGCAAAGCUAAAAAUAGAACCAAAUAUGGAAUGAGAUUACGGAAGAAUCCGGAAAAUGCCGAUUGUACACGGACAAUUUAUCGGAAAUACUCUUCCUUUUGAAGGUGACUUUCAUCUAAAAAAGACCCAGAAAUAUUUGCAGGCAUUCAUUGCAUAUUUCGACUCACAUAUCUUGAAAAGCGAUAAAUCUGAUUGUUUUUUAUCUACACCAUCGUUAAAUCUGCAUUCUAAGGCAUUUUUGAGGUGGUGACCUCUGUUAAUAUUUGAAAAAGAGGCUGCGAGUUUCUGCUGUAACCAGUUUUCGCGUUUGCAAUUUGAUUUUCGGUUUUAUUUUUGAGUUUUUUUGGACGCGUUAGUACCGCGAACGAUUUAACAUUGCAUUUUUACGCGGUCUGAGUUUAGAUAUUUGUUGUAUUUUAUCUUAUUUCAGUGAAAUGGCGUUUGAGAAGUUUAUAUUUUCAGGUUUGGGUCCUAUACUUGUUGCCGGCGAUUCAAAUGUACACAGAAUCAACAACGUGGUCCUGGAUAAAGAUGUUUCCAUUAAAUGUUUACCCAUUUCAGGAGCUAGAUACACCAACGACAAGAAGGAGUUUAGAAAGAAGCUGAAGGCAUGUUUAAGAGGAGAUAGCUACAGACAACUCUAUUUGUUUAUGGGGUCCAAUGAUGUUUUGAUAUCUGACCACUUGUUCUACAGGAAUAUAACAGAUGUGUGUGACAUAGUCCAUGAAAUAGCUCCCAGUAUUGACAUUGUACUGUGUGAGAUUCCACCAAGGAGACAAAGCAAGGGGAAAUGGAGAAUACCAGCACCUAAGUUGAAGAAGAUGCAGGAGUGGAUUGCUACAGCAAACAGUAUUUUGAGAAUCAUCAGCUUAUAUACACCAUAUGUCAAAUUCCUCAGUACAUUUUUGAGUGCUCAUCAUCUGACUUUUGACGGACUUCAUCUGAGCAGAGAAGGUGCUGAACAAUGUUACAAGGUCAUUGUAGAAGGUACCAGUGUGCGUGACAGACCAACAUGUGACAACCACUCAUCUUUUGAUUUUGAUUUGGAAGACUGGCCAGUUCUUGGGGAAGUUAGAAUAAAGGAAACAUUGAAGAAAAUUAGAUAUGCAGAUGUUGUUCAGACUGAGGCUUUUUCAGAAAUAUAUGUGCAAGAUGAGAGGGUAGAGAAACAGAAGAGCACUGAAAAAAUUAAAGAGAAGCAGAAUAUUCAUAUCAAGUGCAGACAACCUAGUAAGAGAAGUAAUGGGAAAAGCAGAUUUGAAAGAAGACGCAACAAGUGGCUGAAGAAAAAGUUUGCAAGGAAUGUCAAGUUAAGGAGUUUGGACCAUUGCCAGGAUUAUGUUGUAGUCACUGUAACUGAUGAUGUAGCAGUGGAAGUGCCAGCUGGAAAAUUACUUGGAGGAUGUUUGAAGGCUAAAAAGGUCACUGUGCCAAUAUGCCAGCCAGUGCAUAACAUCAGUUAUACCGAUCAUGAAAUAAACAAAUCAAGAAAAAAACAGAGAUGGCUACCUUGCCCAGAUUGUGAUAUUGUGUGUUCAAGAGAUGACUUCCUGUUGGACCAUGUUAUAAUACGUCAUACAAAACUUCAAGAAACAGCACCCACUUCUCAAUUAGAUAUAAAAGCUACUCAUACAAGAUUAUUGACCAAAGAUGAAAGAUUUGAGGCCAGUCAGUACAACAAUAGCUCUGAAGGAAAAGUUAUAUAUCCACCACACUGUCAUGGUAUUGAAAAAGAUGUCAACACUGCAGAAUUAGAAAUUAUCUUGUCCAAUGAUGUGAAUCUGAAUCCAGGCCCGACUGUUCGCUGCAUGUGGGAAAAUUGUGGAGAAAGAAUUGCCAAAAUUGGGGAGUUAGAUGCACAUGUCAUUGCUCAUGUUGUACGGGACAACUGUUGUAGAUGGGAAGGUUGCCCAGGCUACACAGCAGAGAUAAGGAACCUCUUAGAAAUGCAUGUUAUUCGUCAUGUCUAUGAUAAUGAGAAUUUGUUUCCAACAUUGGAAGAUUGGAUUGCUGUACAAGCUGGUGGCAAAUUAUGCAAUAAGACAAACUUGCACAAUUGUCCUAAGCACCUU